AUGAAUAAUAAUUUUGGAUCCCACUUCCACCUCAAAACUGAAUUACCCAUUCUACCUCAAUCAGAAGUUUUUAUUAGACAAUAUUCAUCAGAAGUAAAUUCUUUGUCUCUAUUCCUAGAAUGACCCAAUUUGUAAUAAUCAUGCUCGCACUUUCAGUUUAGGAAUCGAUAAGGUUGGCUCCGACAAAUUCAACACCAUCUCAUAAAUUGACACAGGGAAACAUGAACCCAACCUAGCCAUCCCUCUCAUUAUCUAAUAAGUAUGCUCACUCUUAUCACACAUAGUAAACGGGAUCAGAAUUCUAAAUUAAUGUUGAUAAUAUCAUCUAAUUCAAUCAAUAAUGUAUUCAAAAUAACUAUCAAAUAAGCUCUAACUUUUAUGAACUCCAACUAUGCAACCAAUAAUUUUAUUAAACUCGGAUCAAAUAAUGAAUUAUUGCAAAAUGAAGACGAUAAUCGACCAUUCACUCCACCACAAGAAGAACAUAAUUAUGAAAUCAAUAACUUAAAUUAUGUAAUGCAAUCCCCUCGAAAAUCAUGCAAAUUCAAAGCAGCUGGCAACUUAGUCUUAGGCAUACGAAGAUUAUAGCAAAAUGUUGUUGAAUAAAUUACAUCUUCAGUACUAUUUAUAGGUAUUAGGAAUAAUUUUAUGAAAAAUUUAAUCCAAGCCCUUGUUAAACUACAAAGAACAUUCAUAAAGUUCAUCCAAUCUAAGAAUCCAAGGAAUUUUAAGUCAUCGAAAUGCUCAAUCAAUUUAAAUUAGUUUUCCAUUUAACUCAACAUUCAAUGAGAGGCUCGUAUGAAGACAUCCAAUAAAUGAUCAAAUUAUUGUAGAGGGAUCCAAAAAGGUAUAACUUAAAAUAUUAUUACUUAGAAAUCUCACUAAUCCCUAAGACCCAAAUCACAUCAUUAAUUAAUUUAAUCAAUAUGGAUAAAAUUCAUUAUAUAUAGCUUGCAAAAAUGGCAAUGAUAAAGUUGUUAAAUUUUUGCUCUCACUUGAUUGCAAUGCGCAUAUCAAAAGCAAAGUCUAUGAUGAUCUGUCAGAAAGUCCAUUAGAUGUAUCUGUCAGAUGGCAUCAUUAUGAAUGUGUGAAAUUACUUUUAAAUCAAAUAAAAUAUACUGAUGCCGAAUUGAGAUCAGCUCUCAAGAUUAGUUAAAAUCCAGAAAUCACAAACCUGAUAAAAAGAAAAAUGAGUUCCUCGUUAUUCUCCUGCUGUCUCUGAAAC